CCAACACUGAAGAUUAUGCCAGAGGCCUGGAGAAGCAGACUCCGUUUCCAUGAGCCAUGGCCACCGCACCACCCCCACCACUGCUACAAUCUUUAUCUUGUCAGGCUCUUCUGGCUCAUCAUCCUGGCCUUCUUUUUUAUGGAGGUAGCUGGAGUAGAAGGGAGAGUGAGCAGCAAGGGAUGCUUGCAGAGGGAGAGGGAUGCUCUCUUGCUUUUCAAAUCCGCCAUCAAAGAUCCUUCCGCCCGCUUGUCUUCAUGGCAUGCCCAAGUAGACUGCUACGCAUGGACUGGCGUGGUCUGCCACAACAGAACAGGCAGCAUACGAGUAGCCGAGCUCAACCUUCAAAAUCCAAAUGCCUACCAACUGAAUGAUGAGUCGGACACUGCUUUGAGGGGUGAGCUGCUGCAUCCUUCAUUAUUGUCUUUAAAGCAUUUGCAAAGCUUAAAUCUGAGUGGCAAUGACUUUGAGGCCACCCAAAUUCCUCCUCUCAUUGGUUCUCUUCACAAACUCAGGUAUCUUGAUCUUUCCGAGUCCAACUUCAGUGGAAUCCUUCCCCCUCAUAUUGGAAACUUAACUCAUCUUCUUCAUCUUGAUCUCAUGUCAUAUCAUUAUCCUUAUUCUGCUACACUUGUCUAUAGCCUUGACUGGCUCUCCGGCCUUUCUUCUUUGAUUUAUCUGGACUUGUCCUUUUUGGAUCUCAGCGCUGCCUCCCAUAAUUUGGUAUCGACAGUCAACAUGUUGCCUUCCCUACAACAAUUAAAUUUAUAUGAUUGUAGGAUUAAAAAUAUUCCUCUUUCUCUCGAUUGCCAUCUCAACCUCACUUCUCUCGCGUCUCUUAAUCUUGGUAUGAACAACUUCAAUUCUUCUUUUCCUAACUGGCUAUGGAAUCUCACAAGCCUCUUGUCUCUUCAACUUGCUGGCUCCAUCAUUCAAGGGGCGUUGCCUAAUGAAAUUGGCAACUUAAUUGGUCUCACACAUCUUUAUCUUGAUUGGAAUUUGCUCUCUGGUCCCCUACCUGAUAUGUUAUGGAAAUUGAAACAUCUAAGAUACCUCGACCUGAGCUAUACUUUACUUGGAAAUUCUUUACCAAUGGGGAUUAUGAAUCUAUCAAGCUUAUCAGCACUGUACCUUGAUAAUUGUUCACUAAUCAGUCCAAUACCCAGUGAAUUAGGAAAUUUAACAACUUUAAAUGAAUUAUCUCUUGAAUCUAAUUUACUUUCUGGAUUAAUACCACAUGAGAUUUGGAAACUAGUCAACUUAGAGCAUCUUGACCUCUCUUCUAAUUCCUUUGAGGGUGAUAUUACUGAGUUCCACCUUUCCAACCUAACCAAACUAAACACCUUGUACUUGUCUGGUAUUACCAUAGCAAUAGACCACAAUUGGAACCCUCCUUUUCAAUUACAAGUCAUUGGACUUGGUUCUUGUAAAUUAGGUCCUAGAUUGCCUACAUGGCUUAGUUCGCAAAAAUCCAUCGUGGCUUUUAAUUUGCACAAUACAAGUAUAGAGGACAACUUACCUGAAUGGUUUUGGAACUCUCUUUCUAUCGUUGAAGUUUUAGAUCUCUCCCAUAAUAAAAUUAGUGGUACUUUGCCAGCAUCCUUGGAGAAUUUAACUAAACUAUUAAGUCUAUCUCUUGAUUCAAAUUUACUUGAAGGUCCAAUUCCUCAUCUUCCACCCAACCUAGUAUUUCUAGACCUUUCUCUUAAUGCUUUUUCAGGACCACUAUCACCGACCUUAUUCACACCAAAUUUAUAUAGUUUGUUACUCUCACAUAAUCAUAUCAUUGGAAGCAUGCCAUCCAAUGUAUGCAAUUGUCAUAGUCUUGAACGCCUCGACUUAUCAAACAACAAAUUUUCUGGAGAAAUUCCUCAAUGUUGGCAAGAGGGAACAGGUCUUCAAGUUAUUCUUUUGGCAAGCAACAUGUUCUUCGGAGAAAUUCCAAGCUCUCUUGGCAACUUGAUGGAACUAGUGUUUUUGCACUUGAAUAAUAAUAGUCUGAUAGGACAUCUUCCAUCCUCACUGCAAAAUUGUAAACAGUUAGUGAUUGUUGAUUUCGGUGACAACAAAUUAUCUGGAAAAAUACCUCUAUGGAUUGGGCAAAGUUGGCAACAAUUACGCAUUCUUCGAUUGAGCUCAAAUAUGUUUCAUGGCAAUAUUGAUCCACAACUUGGGCAUUUGAGGUAUCUACAAAUCAUCGACCUUGCAAAUAACACAUUAUCAGGGUCAAUACCACAUUCGUUUGGAAAUUUUAGUACAAUGAUUUCGACAUCAGCAAAACAACUUCCGCAUCCGGACAGUAUUCCAUUGAUAUUUAUAGAAGAUCCUGCUUACGAGGAAAUGGAGAGCAUAACUUUAGUUACAAAAGGCGACAAACUUACCUUUUCAUCGAUUUUGUAUCUUAUGAAGAGCAUAGACCUUUCAAAUAAUGAUUUGACAGAUGAGAUUCCUGAAGAAUUAGGACAACUUGUUGAACUCAACACUUUGAAUUUAUCAAGAAACCACUUCAAAGGCAAAAUUCCCGAUAGUAUUGGUAGAAUGAGUUCUUUGGAAACUUUAGAUUUAUCCUUCAAUAAUUUAUCAGGUGAUAUUCCUCAAGGCUUGUCACAACUAAAUGCUCUGGAUCAUUUGAAUUUGUCUUAUAACAACCUAUCUGGAAACAUUCCCUCAGGGAAUCAGCUUCAAACGUUAGAUGAUGCAUCCAUUUAUAUUGGUAAUCUUUAUCUUUGUGGAGACUUGGUAAAUAAGAGUUGCUUUCAUAAGAACAAAACCAAUGCGACAAGCGAGGAGCAUGCAAUGUUAUCGUCAAUGUUAUCAAUCUAUCUAAGUAGUACACUUGGAUAUUUUGUUGGAUUGUGGAGUUUGUUUAUCCUUUUACUAUUUAUCAAAAAAUGGAGGUACUCUUACUUUAAAAAGGUCGAUGGCAUUGUUGAUAAAAUUUAUGUGGCGACCAAGAUAAGAUUGAAUAGAACAGUGAAUGGUUAGUUGUUUUUAGAAAAAAUAAAGUUUACGGUUAGUUGUUUUUAGAAAAAAUAAAGUUUACGAUGAAUGUAAUUAUAAGAAGUUUCCAUACUAGAAUUGUGAGCUUUUAUUGUAAGUGUGCUUUUAGUAACCAUAUUCUUGUGAUAUUUUGCAAAUGAAACAAUAUUAUGAUUGUGCUUUUA